AUGCUAAAGCAACUACUUCAAGGGCAAGCUGAUGGGGUAGUGGACACAAGCAAGAAGCUAGCUGAAAUAAACUCUAAGAUCGAGAACCUCAACACAAGGGUUUACUCUCUGGAGAAUCAUGCUUCUUCUGUUGCUGCUGCUACAAAGCAAGGACAACUACCUGGUAAAGCUAUUCAGAACCCCAAGGAACAGUGCAAGGUCAUCUUCACUCAAGAAGGACUUGUUGAAGAAGAGGAUCAAGAAAGGGUCAUUGAAGAUUUUUGUUUACUGCUGAAUGAUGAAGAGAUUGUUGCUGCUGAGGCUCCUGGAGUCCAGAUUGAUCAACCAGAAGUGCAUGCACCUACUGUGGCCAUUCACACUUCACCAGUUGAGCUCGCACGACAAGCUCGAUCGGCAGCUCGAUCGAGUCCAACUCUAGCUCGAUCGAGUCCGACCUCUUCUGUCCGACAGCCUGUUUUGCUUGAUCCUUAUCAACCGGUUGCCGCUUCCUCGUCUCGCCUACUUAGUCAAGGUCACAAGGAAGUGAUUCACAAGUUCAGAAGAGAUCUCAGUGGGAUUGGAAUUGAGUUGCCUACUAUGGAUAGCAUGAGUGAGGCAUUUGAUCAAAUGCAAAUGGUCAAGGAUGUUCUAGCCAACAGUGAUAAAGUUUCAGAGGUCCUACAAGAGUCUACUCAUCAGUUCAACCUGCUUACUUCACCCACCUUCCUACCAAAGGUCAAGGAUCAAGGGAAAUUCACUCUCCCUUGCACACUUGGGCAUCUUGAGAUUGACAAUGCCUUAGUGGAUUCUGGAGCAAGCAUCAAUCUGAUCUCUCUCUCCAUGGCAGAGAAGCUAGGCAUUGCUGGAGCCUUGCAGCGCCCUACUACUUCAAUCAUGUUUGGAGAUGCAACUUCUAAGUCUCCUCUUGGAGUGUUCAAGAACUAUCACUUGAAAAUUGGAGAAUGCAUCAUCCAAACUGAUCUCACUGUGAUGGAAAUGGAAGAAGAGAAGGAUUUGCCUUGUUAUUGGGAACCCCUUUCCUUACCUAGAGGUUCAGACUUUUGUGCCACAAUUGACAGUACCAAUCUCAGUUCUAAGAGUCAUGGAGCUACAAAGGUUGUGAAGGAAAGGGUUGACAAGGAACCAAGAGUUGGGAAGGAUAAGGAUGAGAGAGGACCAAGGAUUGAGAAGCCACGUCUUGAGAGGGCUAGAGUUGAGAAACCACGAUCUGAUAGGCCAAGAGCUGAGCGACUUGUUCAAGCCCCUUGUGUGCUUGAUGAAGAGAGCCUUCAAGCUUUGUUUGAUGAGCCACUAGGAAGGGCUCUAAAGAAGGGGAGGAUGCAGCCUCUAAGGCAAGACCAGGAGAUAAAAGAAAGGAUCCACCAGCUCAGGCCCCUUCAGUCAAGCCAUCUCAGCUCACAAUGA